CCCAGAGAGCAGCCGCCACCGCCGCCGCGGUGCCACUACAUUUCCCCCUCCUAUUGCCCCCUCCUCCGCCCCGAGCCCGGGGUCUCCUCCCUUCAUCAGGCCCCGGUCCCCGGGUGCUGCAGCAGCGGCGCGUGUGUUUCCUGGCUCCCCCACGGGGGAGCGUCGCCCGGGCCCCGUGAGCUCUUUCUGCCCCACAGGAUGGGCACGGUGCUGUCUCUGUCGCCUGCCUCCUCGGCCAAGGGCCGGCGGCCAGGCGGGCUGCCCCGACGAAAAGAAAAGCCGCAGCAGUCCGCUGGGGAGGAGUCGCUGGGAGGCUAUGGGCAGCUACCGUCGGGCAAAGGAGGCAAGGGCGAGAGCCGGCUGAAGCGGCCGUCAGUUCUCAUCUCCGCGCUCACCUGGAAGCGGCUGGUGGCCGCGUCCGCCAAGAAGAAGAAGGGCAGCAAGAAGGUGACGCCCAAGCCCGCCCAGGCGGGCCCAGACUUACUGGUCCAGCAGCGCAACCGAGAGAACCUUCUCCGGAAGGGCCGGGAACCCCCAGAUGGCGGCGGCGCCGCCAAGCCCCUGCCUGUGCCAGUGCCCACAGUGCCCACCACCGUCGAGCCGUCCUCUGGAGUCAGCACCUCGGCCCCUCCGGGCUCCGGAGGGGGAGGAGGGAAGCCGCUGCCGCCGCCGCCGCCGCCUGCGGCCCCCCAGGCCCCUUCAGUCCCCGGGGGUUCUCCCCGACGGGUCAUCGUGCAGGCCUCCACUGGCGAGCUGCUCCGCUGCCUGGGCGACUUUGUGUGUCGGCGCUGCUACCGACUGAAGGAGCUGAGCCCUGGGGAGCUGGUGGGCUGGUUCCGAGGGGUGGACCGGUCCCUUCUGCUGCAGGGGUGGCAAGACCAGGCGUUCAUCACCCCAGCCAACCUGGUGUUCGUGUAUCUGCUGUGCCGGGAGGCGCUGCGCGGGGACGAGCUGGGCUCGGCCGCUGAGCUGCAGGCCGCCUUCCUCACCUGCCUCUACCUCGCCUAUUCCUACAUGGGGAACGAGAUCUCCUAUCCUCUCAAACCUUUCCUAGUGGAGCCGGACAAGGAGCGCUUCUGGCAGCGUUGCCUGCGGCUAAUCCAGAGGCUCAGCGCGCAGAUGCUGCGACUCAACGCCGACCCCCACUUCUUCACCCAGGUCUUCCAGGACCUCAAGAACGAGGGCGAGGUCGGUAUGGGGGCUGGGGGUCCCACGGGCGGUGGCGCUACCAACGCCAGGGACAGCAACGCCGGAGCCAAGCAUUGGACUAUGAAUCUGGACCGCUAGGAGGCGAUGCUGCUGCCGCCACCGCCAAGGGGCACCUGGGCCGGAGACAGGGGAUGACCGGGUCCCCUCCCCCCCUCCCCCGGACACAUACACUGAGCCCUUGGAACGCUGCCGCCGCUGUUGCUGCUGUUGCUGCUUCUCCACCCAACUGCCCCCCUCCACUGAGGAGAUGCCACCACCCAUUGGAGUAUGGCGGAUGGGACACCUGGGUCCUGCUGGUCUUGGAUUUGCGGGGGGAGGGGAAGCUGAGCAGUGGGAGGGGGAGAGGAAGAGUGGGGAAGAGGAAAUGGGAAAAGGGAAUGGAUUCUCUCUUCUUCUGCCUGUGGGUCUCUCCACUUCUUUCUCUGCCCAGCUCUCCUGUUUGUAUAUGUGUUUCUGUUUCUCUCCAUUUCUCCUCUUACCUGUAUGCUUUAGUCUCUGCCUUCUCUCUCAUUUAUUUUAGGGUGUCUCUGUCCAUUUCUCCUGUAUGAGUGCCUGUCUACCUCUCCUGUCUGUAUCUCUUUUCUCUCCCCCUAUUUGUACCUGUUUUGUGUCUGUCCAUUUCUCCUGCUAAGGUGUCUCUGCCCUUUUCUCCUAUCUAUAUGUCUCUGUCUAUCUCUCCUUCUUGUCUAUAUGAUUGUCUGUCUGCCUCUUCUGCCUGUGUCUCUUUUCUCUUCUACGUUCUGGAUGUGUUUGUAUAUGUCCAUGUUUUCGUCUGUUUAUAUGUAUCUCUGCCUUUUCUCCUGUCUAUAUGUCUCUAUUCAUCUGUUCUCCUGUCUCUGUCCAUUUCUCCAGUUUGGAAAGAUGCUUGUGUCUCCCCAUCUCUUCUCUUAUCUGGAAGUAUGCCUCUAUCCAUCUUUCCUGUCUGCAAAUAUGUGUACCCACCUCUGCUGCUUGUGUCCAUUUUUCUUUCUGUCCAUUUCUCCUCCAGUCUGGAUUGGGUGUCUCUGUCCAACUUUCCUCGUCUGUUUCGUGUGUGUGUGUGUGUGUGUGUGUGUGUGUGUGUGUGUGAACCUGUGUGCUCCUCAGUCCAUCUCCUCCUCUUUUCUGGAUAUAUGACUGUCCUUCUCUCUGAUUAUCUCUUCCCCCUUUCUUCAUGUGUUUUUCUCUGACCACCUUUUCUCAUGUCUACAUGAGUCUCUGAUUCUCCAUUCUCCCCCUCCCUGUCCCGUUUCCUCCCCCUUCUCUCUGGAAGAAGAUUGGAUUGACUGUGGUUGGGGGCUGUCUCUCCUGCAGCAGAAAGUUGCAGUCUUGGGAGCUCAACCACCAAGAUGCCCCUUGUUCUCUCCCCACCUUUUCUGACGCGGUGCAUGCCGGGAGAGGGGGAGGUGCUGCGGGCUGAGGGAAUUGUGUGCGGGGGGGAGAGAUUCCUCCCUGAGUCCUAGGUAGGGGUGGAUUGGGAGAGGCCCCGGCGACAGCUCAGCAGAAGAGGGGGAAGGGUAAAGAAAGAAAACUCUUCUCACUUUAGAAGAGGCCUUCCCCUAUUCUCAACUCCCCUUCCCACUUUUUUUUUCCUUUUUAUUUAUUUGGAUGUUUUCAGGAAGUGAUCCCUGGGGGAGGGGGGAGGGAGAGGGCUGGCGGGCCGGGAGCUGUCCAAGGUGCUGAGCCGGGGCCUCGUUUCCCUGGGGGAGGGGGCCCGAGGCCGUAUUGGGCCUGGGGGCCGUGUCCAACGUGCCAAUGUUUCGGACCGAAGGCGCGGGCUGAACUGUCUGUCUGUCCCUGAGGGAGCUAUAAAGCGCUGGAAGCGC